AUGGGUAGUGGCUAUUCUCAUUAUCAUCAUCAUCAUCCACAUUUUGCAACACAUCACUAUCCUCAUCACAUUGGCCCACACUAUCAUCAUCAUAUGAGUCCCGGAUUUGAUUUUGGUGGUCACCAUCAUCAUCAUAUGCAUCAUGAAUUUGGAAUAAAUCAUCAUCAUCAUCACGAUGGCUUUGGUGGAGGUCAUCAUGGACAUUGUUAA